CAGCCGCCUUCCUAUUGAGUCAGAGGCGCGUUGCGAGCUGCAUGAAAGCGAUUGUAACAAACAGAAGCCCAGAGAGCGAGCUAGGCGGGCGUUCUGAUUAGCGCGUUGGGACAAAGUAAAAGAAUCUUGGAAGGUUGAACGUUCCAAAGAAAGUUACAUUCCAGGGUCGGAGCAGCAGCAACAAGCGGCUGCCCGGGGGGCACUUUCUCACGGAGGCGGUGGAUCUUCCAGCCCUUGUUGAGCGAGGGCGAAGAGGAGGCGGCGAAGGACGGGGGGGUUUAAACUGGGGGCCGAGAAAAUGAAUCGGAGUUUUAAUAAAUCUCAGAGUCUGCGGUAUUUUGGUUAUAGCGCGGUGGAAGUGAAAAGUAAGUUUGGUGCAGAAUUUCGAAGAUUUUCUCUGGAUCGUUACAAGCCAGGAAAAUUUGAAGAUUUCUACAAGCUUAUUCUUCACAUCCACCAUAUAUCCAACAUGGAGGUAAUGAUUGGCUAUGCUGAUAUACAUGGAGAUCUUCUUCCUAUUAAUAAUGAUGACAACUUCUUCAAGGCUGUUUCAAGUGCAAACCCACUGCUUAGGAUUUUUAUACAAAAACAAGAUGAAGCAGAUUAUGGUAACUUUGGUUCAAACACCUUAAACAGGAAAAAGAAAGCUUUGGUGACCCUCCGGAAUGACAAUCUUCGCAGACGCCCCCACGUUAAUAUCAGCAUGCCUCAGGACUUUAGACCAGUGUCUUCCAUCAUUGAUGUGGACAUUCUACCUGAAACUCAUAGGAGAGUGAGAUUGUAUCGACAUGGGUGCGAGAAGCCACUUGGAUUCUACAUUCGUGAUGGGACCAGUGUACGAGUAACUCCUCAUGGGCUGGAAAAGGUACCUGGCAUUUUCAUCUCACGGAUGGUUCCUGGUGGUUUAGCAGAGAGUACAGGCUUGCUGGCUGUCAAUGAUGAAGUCCUGGAAGUGAAUGGCAUAGAAGUGGCAGGAAAAACUCUUGACCAGGUAACGGACAUGAUGAUCGCCAACAGCCAUAAUCUUAUCAUCACUGUCAAGCCAGCAAACCAAAGGAACAAUAUUAUUAGAAGCAGUCGAACAUCUGGGAGCUCUGGUCAGUCUACAGACAGCACUGCAAGUCACCACAGUUUGCCUUCUUCUCACGUCCUGCAGAACUUCCACCCUGAUGAAAUGGAGAGUGAUGAGGAUGCUGACAUUGUAAUAGAGGGCUGUCUGGAGCCACAGCCCAUCCCAAAAUCACACAGCCUUCCUUCUGGUAGCCUUUCCCGAAUUAAUGGCAGCAGUCUGAGCCAAAGACUACAGAGGGACCUGGUACUCAACAACAGCUUGAGACGAGAAAGCAAUGGCAAUAUUCACAAAAUUCUAAGUUCCUUAAAAACAGAUCCUCGUCAUAGCUUGGUUAUUCCCAAAGGAGGUAUUGAGGAGGAUGGAACAGUGAUAACACUUUAGUGGGUGUUUCUGAAUACAUGUGUGUUUCUAGUCUGAAGUGCCAACUGGAACAAAUCUGUACGCAUCCCGAAGAGAGAGAGAGAGAGAGAAUCUUAAUUCUCAUAGACCUGCGGAUGUGUGAAAAACAUGUUACUUUCCGGGAAUGGUGGUUUUCAGGAUUAGACAUAAAAAUGUCUCCUAUUGCAACCCAUGAAAAAGUGUAAAUAUGUUUUUUGCUCCCAGGUUCAGAAUAAGGGAAAGAAAGGAGUACUGCAUUCCAAAAAUACAAAUAAAAAAUCCUCUGGCUAGGUUACAGAAAAUGCUAUCUUUGAAACUAUGUAUCUACUGCAUGUAUGAUUGUACUCUGCAUACAUACAUGUAAAUGGUAUAUAUUUUGGUGAUUACUAACAACAAACACAGGUAAAUGUGAAAUGGGCAUUCAUAAAUUAGUCUUGGAGGACUAACGCUAUUAAAUGGGUUUGUGUCUAGCAGUGCCACUCAGCUGACAGUAAGGCUUCUGUCCCCAGAACAGGGAAGCAGUUACCCCCUACACGACCCCUCCAGAUCUUUUCUGGAAGGCCCCCAGCUCUCUGGAGCAGAUUUAGUAAAGGGGAAUUACAAAAAAAAUGCUUACCCCCCUAGUCUGCUGACAGAAGCCUUGCCUUACUGUUGGAUACAACACAGUGUGUUUCAAUAUUUGAGAUUUGACUUUCUACCUUUAUGCUGCUUUUUAGUUUUACACAGGAAACUGAUUAUUGCACCUGAAUCUGGAGAGGGCUAUCUAAAGGAACAACCUUCUAUCCUGGAAAUAGCAUUGAGAGAAUGCUGCAUUUACUUUUUUAAUUUUGGAACAAAACUUUGACCAAAUGAUUUUGCUUUAUAUAUAUUUUUAAAGUGGGAUAGACAUCAAUAUUGUUGCCAUAAUUUUUUUUUAUCAGCACCACCUGCUGGUGACUGGUAGUACUUAAUUUUUUUUGUAUGAUGUGAAAAAAAACAGGCAACAUGGAGGCUGGUUUAGUUAAUGCGCCAUCAGGAGGUGUAAUGUGCAUUCUCUUUUUAUUGCUACAAUAUUUAUUAGACAAAUAUUCCCAUUUUAGCAACUAUUGGUUUCAUUUUCUCAUCAUGGUUAACAGUACUGAAUUUUAAAUAAAUAAUAAAUUUGCUUAGGCUGCAUUCUAAGGCACCCUGAGAAACUAAUCUAAGGCUGCAAUCCUAAACCCGCUUAUCUGGGAGUGAGUCCCACUGAAUUUAAUAGGACUUACUUCUGAGUAGACACAGCUGGGAUUGCAACCUAAAUUUGUCGUACCAUUUAGAAUUAACUUGAAUCCUCAGAGUCUUUAAUAAUGAAAGGUGGUCCCUCUUGGUACAUCUUGAUUGUUUCCUAAUCUAGAUUGUUAAAACUUUUUUUUCUCCUGGGAGUCUAAAAUGCUGUAAUUCAACAUCAUAUCAAGCGUUUCAAGUAAAGGGUAUCUUAGAUUGUCAGAUCAUGAUUAGCUAUAAAGUAAAUUAAUAAUAGGCUAUUCCAGAAGAAACAGUUUUGCUCCUAGCUCUGCUUUUCUGUUCCAUAAAAUGCCACAAGUUGUUACAAUGGUUUAAUAGAAACAAAUGUUGAAUAUAUUCAUGAAAUGUCUAGGAAAAAAUAUAAUUGUUUUACAAUGUAUUUUUCUACUUUUAGCUUUGUCAUUUUCUUUGUUUUUUACUGUGUAGUAUUGUAUAUUAAAGCAUUUCUAAACAAAUGAACUUUCUUUAUAUAAAUUAUAUCCUAUACCUCCCACAUCCUUAUUUU